AAUGCAUGGAGCGGCAUGUUUGGAGGCUGGCUGGAGGACGCUGGCAACUUGGCUCACGGCGAAGCGACCGUCAAAUGCGGCUGCCGGGGCGACGGAGGGCCAGUCUGUGUGGAGCUGUCGUCUUCCCGUGUAAGCGCUCCUACGGCGGGAACCAUGACUGAAGCCAAGCGUGAUUACAAGGAGGUCCCGACGAAGGAUGGGGACGAAGUCAAGGCGGAGACGGAGGUGGUGGGGCUGAAGCCGAAGAUGACUUUAUUUAACGGCAUUACUGUCAUCGUGGGCUCCAUCAUCGGCUCAGGCAUCUUCAUCUCCCCGACGGUGGUGCUGCAGAACACCGGCAGCGUGGGUGUGUCGCUCAUCGUGUGGAUCAUCAGCGGCCUCUUCUCCAUGGUGGGCGCCUACUGCUACGCCGAGCUGGGCUGCAUGAUCCAGAAGACCGGGGCCGACUAUGCCUACAUUAUGGUCACCUUCGGGCCGUUCCUGGCGUUCAUGCGGCUCUGGGUGGAGUGCAUCAUCGUGCGGCCGUGCUCGCAGACCAUCGUGGCGCUCACCUUCAGCGUCUACAUCAUGAAGCCUUUCUUCCCCACCUGCGACCCCCCAGACGAUUCAGCUCGACUCCUCGCCGCCGUCUGCAUCUUGGUGUUGACCUUCGUGAACUGCUGGAACGUGAAGUGGGCUACCCGCGUGCAGGACAUCUUCACCGGCGCCAAGCUCUUCGCCCUCGCCGUCAUUAUUAUCACCGGAUUCGUGCAGCUGGGCAGGGGUCAGACGCAGUACUUCACCUUCGACAACACGGAGCCUGACUUCUCUAAAAUCAUCUUGUCCUUCUACUCGGGUCUCUUCGCCUACAAUGGAUGGAACUACCUCAACUUUGUCAUCGAAGAACUCAAGGACCCCGUCAAAAACCUCCCCAAGGCCAUCUACAUCUCCAUCUCUCUUGUGACCAUCGUGUACGUGCUGGCCAACGUUGCCUUCUACACCACGCUGUCCCCCCACGAAGUGCUGGGCUCCGAGGCUGUGGCUGUGAGUUUUGCUGAUCGACUAUACCGACCCGUGGAAUUCCUCAUCCCAAUAUUCGUGGCUCUCUCCACGUUUGGAUCCGUGAAUGGCAUCCUCUUCACAUCUUCGAGGCUGUUCUACGCUGGUGCCAUGGAGGGCCAGAUGCCGGAGAUCCUGACCAUGAUCCAGGUGAAGCGCAUGACCCCCGCCCCGGCCGUACUCUUCAUGUCCUUCCUCAGCCUUAUUUACCUCGGCUCCAGCAACAUCUCUGGCCUCAUCUCCUACGUCGGGUUUGCCACCUGGAUAUCCAUUGGACUGGCUGUCCUGUGUGUGCCUUGGCUGCGCUGGAAGGCCCCUGAGCUGCCUCGCCCCAUCAAGGUGAAUCUUGUCUGGCCUGUCAUCUACAUCAUCGCCACCAUCUUCAUCACCAUCGUGCCCAUGUAUGCUGCUCCCAUUGAAACAGGCAUUGGGGUGGGCAUCAUCUCCACUGGCAUCCCCGUCUACCUGCUCUUCAUCAAGCUCAGGAAACCCAUGUGGAUCCAGAAUAUCCUGACCAACAUGACAACAAAACUCCAGAAGACAAUGAUGGUUGUUCGUCCACAGAAGUCAUAGGCAAGAACAACAUAUUCCUUCAGAAGGUCAUGAUGGUGUGCCAACCCGAGAAGGCUGCCAAACUGUAAGCUGGACAGCCGCCACAGGGAAGACAACAAUCAAGUGUAGAUCACCUAAACUGUUGAAACCCUCAACAGGAAGAGACAGAAAGGCAGGAUAGUUACAUGUGUGCUACAAAUAUGCCAAAUGUGUAAAAAUUAAACUAAGAAAUCCAGUCUAUUCCAAACAUUGGCACUCUUAAGAAAUAUGAGAUAUGAUGAGAACAGUAAUGCUUGUGUAAAAUCAUUUACUUUAGGAAUUUAGUUGUGGUUCUUCUAUCCUGACUGCAAUGCUUCAUUGAGCCCAGGUGGUAGUGCCUAUCAUGAUAGCCUACCGUGAGGAGUGCCUACUCUCACUAAUGGCUACUCUUGGUCAAAGCUGGUUGAAGCUUAUCAUAUGGAGUCAGUAUUUCCAUGUUCCUGAAUUGAGAAUAUUCAGACUGGCUUAUAUAUGACAAAAGCUUUGAAGCAGCUGGUAGGAUGAAGAUGGAACUUGUCGUAAAUCAUCAGUUUUCUGUCGGCUGUCAGCGUGAUGGUCUGGCCGCCCCACGAGGGGCCCAUCGUUGGCAGGUUUAGGUUCUCUGUGACUCAGGCUGGAGUGUCUAGGGAAAGCAAGUUAUUAAGUUCUCUAUUGUAAAAAUUGCAUAAAAUUAUUGUUUAUGACAGUGCUGAUAAACAAAGACAGGUUUUGUUGAGUAUGGAACUGUUUUAGAUAAAUUGUAGGUUUACUGUGAUAUUUGCUCUUUUGUGUGCACUUGUCUGGAGGGCAGCCGUGUUAAGGGUUUGUAAGCAUUUAGGACGUCUAUUUAUAUAUUUAAAUUUACUAGCUGAAUAUAUAUAUAUAUAUAUAUAUAUAUAUAUAUAUAUAUAUAUAUAUAUAUAUAUAUAUAUAUAUAUAUAUAUAUAUAUAUAUAUAUAUAUAUGUAAAUGCUUUUAAAGCUGACAAUGGAAAUGAAUUCUGCAGGGGAGUUCAUCAGUACAGCUCAUGCUACUUCUACUUAGACAACAGUUUUGGCAGGCUGAGAAGAGCUUGUGUCAUCACAGUAAUAUGCAUACUGUACAGCAUUUAAUUUUAUGAAAUUUGUUUACUGUAUCUCCAUUUACAACCUGUUUAGAGUUUAUGUUAUAGUGGUUCAUUGGUCCUAAAUAUAAGUUUGUAUUUGUUCAGUAUGUUUACAAUGCAUUUAGCUCACAGAGAACUUCAAGCAUAUAGAUCUGAAACGGUCAAGUGUCAUGAAUGAAUAACAUUAUGAACAUUUACGUGCACUGGAAAAGUAGGAUACUUUAUGCCUUCACCAGUGGGAAGUUAUCACUAGAGAAAUAUUUGUAUUAUAAUGCCAGUUUGUUAUUCAAAAUAAUGGAUUAUUUUUAUAUAUUCAUAGUAGAUGAAAGGUGAAAAGCUCCAAAAAAAUGAACUAAUACUUGAAUGAAACAUUGCAAGGUAUCAAUCAUACGAAGCAAUCAUUGCAGAUUGUUGUUGACUUUCUUUUGUAUUUUCAAGAUGAAAUUUUACCUUGCAGUAUCCAUAGUAUAUGAAUGAAUAAAACAAAAAUCUUGAAAUAAAGUAAAAAAUCCCAACAGAUGUAUCAUCAAAGUAACAAUAAUGGUGAUCUUACUUUUCAAUCACUGAAACUCAACAAAUGUGGAGCCAAGACUCAGCACAUCUCUACCUGGAGUGAGCUCCAUGAUAAUCAUUGUGUGGCAGCGGGAUCAUGCACAGCAACACCUUCAGCAUUCAGGACCCUCAGGCAUCAUCCAUUGUUACAUUGCUAAGAGUGCGUAGUACCUAUUGAUUUUAUUUAUUUUUAUAUGUUUCGACUCACACAUUCAUGGCAGAUCGGCAGACAGAGGACGGGUCCUGAAUCUUGAUAGGUGUUGUUUGACUGUUUAUACAUAGUUGGGACCAUUGUUUAGACAGAAGCACAUUGGGCCUGAGUGAAUGCAUAUUUCAGUUUUUUGGUAUGUAUGAAAAUUCUUAAAGUGAAUAGACAGUUCAAUAGAAAUUGUUGUUGUUCUUUUCCAGUUCAUGCAUAGAAUGUGUUAUCCAGUUUUUAUGCACCAGUCCAAUCAUUGCACACAUCAGGAAAACAUUACUACUGUGGAAGAGUGAGGUAUGAACAUGAACUAUUGCAAAAUUAAAACUGAUGAAUGUUCAUUAUUUUGGCAUUUCUUCAUUUCUAUAUAAGGGCAUGGGUAGCAUACUUACCUAUCAUUCCUUAACAAUAUAAAGGCAUGGGACCCCACCAUUCUACCUCAGCUCAUUUUUCUUGAGUAAGUAGGAUUUCUUGUUCCUGAUAUGAGCAGCAAUUGGAAUGACGCUCAAGAACUGACAACCACACUCUACAGGUGCAGCGGCUCCACCCCAGUGUUGUGGUGACGGAACAUGAGGAGCAUAACCUUAUAGUGUGCUGUAGAGUGUGAUCAGUGUUCAUCUUUGUCAUAGUUAUUGUGACUCACUGUUGUGCCAUGUAACUAAAGCAAAAAGAAAUGGAAGAGUCCUAACAGUUCUUGGUGAGCAAUGACAAACACUGUGUCGGUAUUGAUGUGAUUGUCACCUUCAUCUUGUCUCCACAUUAUAUUGGCCUUGACAGACUUCCUAACAGUAAAAAUUAAUUCAGUAUUCUUUAAAUUAUAGUUGUAUAAAAAAUAAAUCUUAAUGAAAUGGUCUACAUCACAAUAGUAGAUUGCUUAAAUAUGAAAAUGAAACAUAUACAGUACCCAGUAAUGGAGCAUGAACAAACAAAAUAAUAAGAAUAACAAAAAUAAGUAAUAGCAAUAGCAAAUAUCCACAGUAUCCCGUCUUAAAUAGCUUGAGAUCACUCCUCCAUAUUAAAAUACCAUAGUGAUUAUAUUCAUGAGAAGCCUCUGACAUGGUGAGCCUAAGACACGGGAGAGAGUCAAGAAGCAGAGCUGUCUCCUGAAAAGCUUGAAGAGAGGUGAGCUGUGGUAUUGAAAUUAUGUUGCAGAUUCCUAAAGAGCUAAAACUGUAAAGAGAAAAGGUAAGUCAGAAUACAACAUUUUAUACUGAAUAUUCUCAUUCAGCUCACUGAAAAAAAUAUGCAGUGUUUUCUCAGAUAUACAGGAAAGUGGUCAAGUGCAAUUAAGUAAUUUUCUCUCUCUCUCUCUCUCUCUCUCUCUCUCUCUCUCUCUCUCUCUCUCUCUCUCUCUCUCUCUCUCUCUCUCUCUCUCUCUCUCUCUCUCUCUCUCUCUCUCUCUCUCUCUCUCUCUCUCUCUCUCUCUCUCUCUCUCUUUUGCAGGAUUUACUAUCAAUUUAGGUAAUUUUCAGAAAACAUUCAUCUACUAUCUAUUUUCAUAAGCCGAGCAAACAGAGACAAGUCGAUUCUCCUAUAUUUUGAAUCAUGUUGUAUAAUUCUACUUAGCAUUUGUCCAGCGGGUGUGCCUUUGAAACUGUGCAGCACGAUGUUGUUAAAUCAGCACAUAUAUUGAUUUAUUUUGGUAAUGGGUGUGAAUUCCUUAAAAUGUAGUCUAAAAUGAGGUCAAUGUAGAUCCAAGAGGAAGGUGCCAACGGACAAAAUGUCAAGAUUUUUUUUUCACCGAUAACGUUUGUGUAUUGAGCAAUUUAUCAUCUCAGUGUACAGUAGAAUGGUAGAGUGCUUGUGAGGAGAUAGAGAAUUGUUGAUCUUGUUGAUGUAAAACUUAUUACUGUGUGUGUCCUUCCCCCAGAAAUGCUUUGUCUUAUGGAUAGGAAAAUAGUUGUUAAAAAUUGAGAAAAUAACACUAUAGAAAAAAUAAUUGAUCAGGCUGAAGUUUUGUGCUCAGGGAAAGCAUUCACUCAGGCAACUGGACUUAGUUAUGGCAAAACAUCCCUAUUGUUUCAGCAAGCUGUCUCUCGUAUGCAUCCACUAUUUCUGCCUUUCUGGUAUAAAGAAGGACUGACCUCAGAGAGUAUUACCAUAAAUAUAUCCAUGAGCCCAAUCCAUAGAUUAAAUGUGUGCUUCCAUGAUUAGCCAUUACAUUCAUUUCCAUUGAUAAACCUCAAAUUCUAAUAUGCAUUCAAGUCUUCCAAAAGUGUUUACAACUGGAACACCCAUCAGUCAGUGGUUUUCAAGCAUUAACACACAUCUUCCAUAUUAUUGCCUUUGAUACAUGCUGCUUCUUUAUGAAUCACAUGCAACACAGUGACGGAAGAGUUCUUGGUGACCAGAAAAAAAUGGAUUCAUAUCCUUUGAAACGGGUAUGAAGUUAAUGAAGAAUUUUUAAUGUUUUUGACAGUAAUCUCUGUCAAUGUGAAGAAUAGACUAAUUAAGGGCAAUAUGUUGAAUAUGCAUCACAAGAUGGAGGAAAAUAACUCAAACCUAAGAGUUUUAUGAAACAAAGUAACAUGUGUAUAGAUGAUAUAAAUCAGAACAUGAUACAUUCAGUCAUUAAGCAUGAAAUAUGUGUUGUACCAGUGUUCCAUGUCUGUCUGUAGCUAUAUACAUAUGCAACUUACAUCAAACAUUGCAAUGAACAGAUCAACACAACUGUUCUCUCUACCCUCUGAAGUGACAUUUGCCCGAAACUUUGCUGUGACACAUUGCAUCACAGGGCAAAUUGUACCCAUGAGUGGAAGGGUUUGUUAGUGAGGCAGUGACUGUCAGAUGCCCACAAUCUUGUUGUACUGAUAAGAUAUUCAUUACAAGUAUUGAUGAGAGAUAUUAUACAAGUUGUGUAGGUAUUCUGUCUUGUUUCAUGUCUUAGUUGACUCUCAAACAGUUGCAGACUAUAGAGUGUGUACAAAGCUCCAACAUGGUAUUCAGAUUGAUCACUCAAACUCCUUCCUGUCAUUGUAAUUCUGUAAAUUCCAACAAUGUAAUUUGAAAUAUGCACAAAAGAUAUUCCAUUACAUUCACAAAUGUACUUUCAGCUCACACUCAUGAGCUAUUAUAAAGAUCUUUGCAGCCUAAUUCCUGCCUUGAAAUUACAUUGAAGUCAGUAUAUCUUGCCUACUGGAUAACUGCAGUGUAGUAUAUGCAUAAUGUAUAUGAUUAUAGUUAAAUAUAGCAUUUAUUUUUCAUUUAGGUAUUAUACAUUUCAGAUUCAUAAAAAAAGUUGACUCAGAUAUAUAUUUUGUUAAACUAAUUGUAUAUAAAUGUAUAUUCCAAUCAUAUAAAUACUAGUUUAUGGGUAAGCUUAUCAAUCAAAAGAUAGCUUAUAGUAAAUAUAAUUUUGAUGAAAUCUCAAGAUUCAAGAAUUAUAUAUCUUUACAAGGUAGGUAGAUGACUUAAUGAGUAAAUCAGGUAACCUUCACGUAAUGCCGACAUCCAGCAGUAAACUUUAAUGACGAAAAGGAAAGCCAAAGGAAGCACUUAACGACAGGAUAUAUUUAAUAGGCACAGUACGGCAUAAAGAAAAUGUAGGUAGCUACUCAAGUUUUGUCUGUCACAUUUUGAACCUAAUCAUGAAUAAUCAUAGUAAUCAUGUAGGCUUGUCAUCAUUUCUUCCUACCAUGAAACACCCAGGAGAAGAAAAACAGUUUUGCGAAGCCGCCCAUGGCAACUUAAUAACCUUAAUUCGCUAAAAUCUGAUGCCACACUAUUCCAUGGGUUGCAUUUCAGAAUCCUACACCUCUAAUCUUUGUUGUUACUUAAGAAUGUUGCUUGAUGGCGUAUACUUAUGUCACGCCUUUACUGUGGGGUUUCCAAGUCUGAAUUCGGUAAUUACGUAGAACCAAUGAUACGGUGUCUGAUCACCCCCCUCAUUAUAUAGAAAAGAUUCCAUAGUACGCCUUUUGAGAGCUGGCGCACGUCAUCACUAGGGCAGCUUUGGUUGGAAAUAGUCUUUUUAUUUAUUUAGUUUAUUUUUAGCCCUCCCUGGUUCCCCUAAUUAUGUAAAACCAGUAAUACGGUGACUAAUCAUCCCCCUCAUUAUAUAUAAAAGAUUCCAUAGUACGCCUUUUGAGAGCUGGUGCGCCUCAUCACUAGGGCAGCAUUGGUUGGAGUCUUUUUUUUAUUUAUUUAGUUUAUUCUUAGCUCUCCCUGGUUCCCUUAAUUAAUCAAACUUGCCUAGCUAAGGUGAACUAAGUACCCACACCCAAAGUUUCUUGAGAGCUGGCGCGCGUCAUCACUAGGGCAACUUUGGUUGGAAAUAGUCUUUUUAUUUAUUUAUUUUAUUCUUAGCUCUCCCUGGCUCCCCUACUUAAUCAAACUGGCCUGCCUAAGGUGAACUAAGCUACCCACACCUAAAGCCAUAGACAACAUCCACCCCAAUGGUCCACCCCAGGUCUAUAAGUAAAACGACGUAGAGAAGUUACUAUACAAAUGCCCACUGCUAUAGACCAUGUGGCAUUAUAAAGACCUAGUCAUGACCCUUGGAGGAAGUAGGGUAACUAGACUUCUAAGAGGAAUGCGAUUUAGGUACAAGUUGUUUGCCGGAGUGGCCGUACCGAUAAACAUCUAUACACACCCUUGUUGAACGGUCUUGUCGUUGAUUAAUUGCCACUACGGUGAUUGUUCGAGCCCCAUGUUAUAGUCCAGUUAAUUAUUGGCUGUGUCUUUGUUGUAAUAUGAGUAUUCGGUGUCCCUGUGAAUGUUACACUGUGAAGAAGUGUCCUUGUAAUGGUGGCGUGUUGCGUUUAGGAAGUCACGUGUGUGUUAAUUGGUAGUGUAUUUGACCGUAUGUUGAAGAGUUUCCCUUGAUUAAAAACCUUCCUAGUGACGAGAUAUUAGGCGAGUUCGACAGUCCGACACAGGGUCAUUGUAAGUCCCUCAAACCAAACUAUAUAUUCUCCACGAUUACCCGUCAUUUCUACUCAACACCAGAGACUAAUCACAUUAUGUCCUGCUUGGGAGUUGGGGUGGCAUGUUCCUCCCUUCUCCUUUGUUGUAUACCUGAAACAAUAAACUAUCAAUCAAUCAAAUCAAUCCAGAGACUAAUAUAAAGAGAUUUCCCGUGUAGGUUCCUAAAAUUUCCACCUCCUAUUUCUUAUAUCAACGCCAAAUUAACACGAGAGCUGCAAGGAAUUUUCGUGGUAUUUUCUGUUUGGUUGGGGAGCUUACAAACUUAAUUGGACUGUAAAACUGGCCCCGUAUGUUGAAGAGUUGUCCUAAAAAUCCUUCCUAGUGAGGUAUUGUAUGUACCAUGCAUCGACAAUAUAUUAAGUAUGUUGUCUUGCCUGUUUUUCUUACCACGAAUUUCGUUUUUUUUUUCCUUUGAACGAGAUAAUGAACCUUUUAAUAGGCUAUAGUUUCAAUAAAAAGCUUCUCUUCAAUUAUAAAACAGCAAAAAUGAGAAUAAUUAGCUAUUUGUAUUAGACGAAAGAUUCAACCUUAAUAGGAACUUUGAGAUAUAAAGAUAUGGUGAUUACAUGGAAUGAAAAUGUGUUCGAAGCUUUGACUCCGCAACAACGGGUUCAUUUCACCUCCUCGAACCUCUGCAGCCAUUUCCAUUACCAGCUCUUCCCCAGACAGCACAGAGGAGAGACGUGCACGGAGCAGAGGGUGUCCUAUACUUUUCUCCAGGUCACUUCACUCAGAGCUGGGAGAAUGUCCAACAAAUGCAGGCGUCUCAAGUGAACACCACCAAUGAGGGGCAAGACCAAGACCGAGAGUAACCUGAGGAGUCACAGACGUGUAGGCAUCCUCGUCGUCAGGGGGAUAGUGGCCUGAGGAGGCUGGGGGACCAUCACCACUGCCGCUGCCACUGCCCUCAUAUGUCACUGUUGCAUCGUCACCCACAGUCCCUUCCCCCUCCUUGUUGCCGGACCUCAGCCAAGUAUCUGGAAGGUUUAAGUUAAGCUGACAAGUGAUGAGAACUACCGCUGUGGAGCGUGGUUCUGUUGUGAAGAACGAGGGACAGUGUGAGCAGGCCUGUACCAGAUAUUGUUACGUUUAAUAAUACUACCAGAUAUUAUAAAAGAAUGUAAUACCAUUUACUGUUCAAGUGUCUGGAAUGUUGUUCAAUAAAUAUCCUGCUGGGGACA